AUGUAAGAGCAGGAACAGAUUUAAAGACAGAUAUACGAUUAAUUUCUUAAUCAUAUACUGUGUAUUUUUAUUAAGCGAAUACUUUUCAAAAGUGUUCCGUGGCUCUUUGAACCUUCCACAUGACUUUUAAUAACUUUGGCUAAAAUGAAAAAGAACCAGCUAUUGUUUUUAAAUUUAAACAUAAAAACAACACUUUUAAAGUUUUUCUUAGAAUACAAUUAAAAUUAAUGACAAAAGUACCAGUUGUACUUUUAAUUUCCCACAAAUAUACGAAACAAACAAACAACCAGAAAUAAAAUGGAAACACGUUAUAGGAAGCGUAUUUACUAUAUAACAUAAAAAAAACUAUACAGUUUUGCUGGACUCAUAGCAAACAAGGUAUUUUGACUGUAAAGUUUGCUGACCCCUGCAAUAGACAAAUAAAUUACCAACCAUUGUUUUAAUUCAAGUGAAACCAAAUAUGCCUAUUUGUGUUGUAAAUGUUGUUCACCGUGGAUUACGGAUUUACUUUAGAAAUUUACUUAAUUUACGUAAUUUCCCCACGGAGAUUUUCAGAAUAAAUGGGAUCUUUGUUUUUAGACAACUGGCUGCUAUAAUCAUGUGCUUUACAUUUCCACAUAUGAGCUUCACAGAUUUUAACUGACUACCGAGCAUACGUGAGAAAGAUUCAUCAACAUUUACUGAAUGCAAACCUUUGUGUUUGUAUUAAAUGGAGACCGCGAUUUCCAAUACUAGUCUACUUGUGUCGGAUUUACGGACAUGCUUGCCUUUCACAAUAUGGCGGAUGCUUUGGCGUGUCCGGUGCGGAAUAAAAAUCGGGUACAUUGGUGCGUCGCACGUCUACAGUUUGGCGAAACUCCAUUCGACAUUCUCAAUGAUUUCCUCAAUAAUUUAAACAACAUUAACAAGGACUAUCUGGAUGGCUUACCGAAAUGGAGCGGAACCUUUAAACAGAAAGGACUCGUUGAAUACAUCUUCUUGAUCACUCAAGAACUGAAACUUGAUCCAUCAGUAGGAUACCAUGCCAUUGAACUGCUGCAGAGGUUUAUGGUAAAGCAUGUUGCAGAUACGCUUGCCAAAAUCCCAAUUCAAAGUGUAGCUAUUAACAAGGCAAAGAGUUAUGGGGAACUGAUUUUUGACAAUCUCAAAGAUAAAUUCCCUCUGAUCCUCUUCUCUUGUGUGCAGCUUGCAAACAAACUGUUUUUGCAUUGUCAUAUGAUAGACGCCUCCACUGCUGUACAGUUCCUGUAUUCUUUCGGCCUCAGUGUUUCCAAACAGACCCUCCUGGAAUCAGAGCUGAUGGUCUUUAAAGGCGUUGAAUACAGACUUGAUGUCAUUAACUCUCUGACGUACGUGGAAGUCAUUCUGGAGGUCCUUGGGCACAAUGAGCCGUCCAUGCCUGUAGAGCACCUUUAUCAGCUCUGCCAUAAUGUCCUCCAGUACGUCACCCUGAACCAGACUACAAUCUAUGAGUCUCUGCUAAGAAGUGUCUCUCAGUGUGUCAGCCCGUCCAGGGAACAGAGGGAAAAUUUUGUGACAGUGACUGAGGAUCGCAUGCUUCUUGGAGUUUGUGUCAUUGCAGUGGCAACAUACAUCCUCUGUUUCAAAAAAUGGAGACAGGUGGUUGAUGAGCUGAGCCACAUCACAGGAAUCACCAGAAGAAACAUUGCUAAUUUUGCUCAAGUGGUAAUAGAGCACAUUCUUGAGACCAGUUCUUCAGCGGUGUAGACUAGGAAACUCACAGUAGUGACACUGUUAGAAGUUCAACAUAUCUAGAUGGAAAAUGUCCAGCAUGCAAUUUAGGGGAACAAUUUCUCCAUCCCCGAAAACGAAUUACAACUGUGUUAUAGGAAUUUAAUGUGUUUCGGGAAAUUUCUGUAAACGUUAUAUUUAUUUUGCUGAUCAGAAAAAAAAUGGGAAAGAUUUGUAAAUUAUUUUUGGUCUCACUUUGUUGACAUAUUUCACAAUAAAUCUCAUCCUGUUUCA